CACUAAGCAACGCUCCUUGGCGUCCUUGACUUGGCAAGGGUUUCUGGGAAUCCGAGGCCCGAGGGUUGAACGACCGCCCUUUUUGGAGCAACGAGCGUAGAACAGCGCUACAUGCGUCGAAGGAAAUAUUUCCGAAAAACAACUUUCUGAAGCAGCGUAACCAAACUUGAGAGAAGGAUAAGGUCAAUAAUGGCGGCUGAGGUGGAGGGUGAGGUGGAAGGAUGCAAUGAGUACCCAGCGCAUUACAAAGUCAUGAUGGACAAACUUAAUGAACAACGACAGCUGGACCAGUUCACCGACAUUACCUUGAUUGUGGAUGGACACCAAUUCAGAGCACAUAAAGCAGUGUUGGCAGCAUGCAGUCAGUUUUUCCACAAGUUCUUCCAGGAUUUUACCCAAGAGCCGCUGGUGGAGAUAGAAGGAGUAAGUAACGCAGCCUUUAGCCAGCUGAUGGAGUUCACUUACACAGCAACGUUAGUGAUAGUUGGAGAAGAGGAGGCCCAUGAUGUCUGGAAGGCUGCGGAAUACCUCCAGAUGCAGGAAGCCAUCAAGGCGCUCAACAAUAAGAUGAAUGAGAAUCCCUCGCUGACAGCAAAGAGCAGAGGCAAAAAGAGGAAGAUUGCUGAGACAUCUAAUGUGAUUACAGAAACCCUACCUUCAGUGGAUGGGGAUCAGGUGGAGAUUGAGGUGAUAGGGGAAGGGCCCAUCAAGGUGGAGGAGUCUGGCCUGGAGGAGGUGGUGGAUGCAGCAAAGAAUGCUCAGGCGGCAUCAGAUGACUCUGCUUUGGCUCUUCUUGCUGACAUAACCAGCAAGUAUCAGCAAGGGGAACCCACGCUACAGGUCAUUAGAAAGGGAGGAAUAGAAGAGGAGGUGGUGUAUCAGGAGGAAACGGUGACUGCCUCCAAGGUGCUGGAAAAUGUCGAGGUCGUAGAGGUCCAGAUUUCCCAAGUGGACAACAUGUUCCGCUGCAACAAGUGUGACCGUAGCUUCAAGUUGUACUACCACCUCAAACAACACUUGAAAACACACCUGGGCAUGCUUGACAAACCCCACGUGUGCAACCACUGCGGGAAAGCCUACACACGGGAGGGCGCCUUGAAGCAGCACAUUGGCACGUUUCAUUUUGAUGCAGAAGAGCUGUCUCGAAACCAGAAACCCCAGAAGAAAGUGCAUGUUUGUGAAUACUGUAAAAAGCACUUUGACCACUUCGGCCACUUUAAGGAGCACUUGCGGAAGCACACUGGUGAAAAGCCGUACGAGUGUCCAGAUUGCCAUGAGCAUUUUGCAAGGAACAGCACACUGAAGUGCCAUAUGGCAGCCUGUCAGAAUGGGGCCGGAGCCAAGAAAGGACGCAAGAAACUCUAUGAAUGCCAGGUCUGCAGCAGUGUAUUCAACAGCUGGGACCAGUUCAAAGACCAUCUUGUGAGCCACACAGGCGUCAAGCCCAACCACUGCACCAUGUGUGACAUGUGGUUCACCCACCCAAAAGAACUAAAGGCCCACCUAAAAGACGUCCAUUCCAUUGAGGACAACAAGUCCUCUGAAGAACUGGUCAUCACCGACUCUACCGCACUCGCCAUCGCAACGCAGAGCAUAGAAGGAGGCGAAACUGUCCUGCUGGAUGAUGGAAUCCAGGUGGAACACGUCACAGUGGAGCCCGUGGAUGUGAUGGAGAUGGAGGAGACUGCAACAGUUGUGGUGGAGGAUGGAGGGGUGGCGGAGAUGUGUGAGGAGGACGUAGAGAGAUUAAAGCGGGCCGGGGUGCAGAUCCAGGUGGUGCAUGUGACCACGACUGAAGUUGAUGGGCAGCAGGUGGUGAACUCUCAGGUGGAAGUAGAGAUGGAGGGUGAAAUGGUGAGUGUUGAGGAGGCAGUACAAGCAGUGGUUGUAUGAGAAUGUCAAAAAGACUGUCUUAAAGGACCUGCAGGACACUCGUUCAGUCCUGAACGGCUGCAGUAUCCUGUAGCUGACUUAAUUUCCAUAAAGAACACUGCAUGUGGGAUACAGCAUGUCCCCUCAAACUAUGUCCUGCUGUCUGCCAUCACAUUGAAUGACUCGAUUUCCACCACCUCUUACUCUUUGAACUCUGCGUUAUGGACAGAGUUACAGAGAGAGAUCAUUUCCUGCUAAUGAUCCUGUAUUUAUUUUAAUGCCGUUUGCCAUCAUAUCACGUAUUGUCGAUUACUCUAUUUUCAUGUGUUUUUCCUGUGUCCUUAUUUUACCUCAAAUGUAUAUGUUCUUUUAGUUUGGGUCACUUGCCAAGACAAUUUGACAAUGAAUGAAAUGUUCUUGUGGCCGCUCAAACAAUGUAUGUAUGGUGCUGAUGUUCUUCAGUACUAAUGCUACAGUUUUGUUCAAGCUUAUUUUCAUAUUGACUUUUGGUGUUUUUGUAGAAACUCGUAUGGAAUAAAAUUGGUUUCCAGAAUGGACUACAAGUCUUG